AUGGGCGGCGGCGGCGGCGGAGGCGGGGGUGGCGGUAGCACCAUUGGCGGCGGCACCCUGGGCCACGGCACCGCGAUGAGCAGCAGCACGGUCGGCAUGGGCCCUCUCCCCGGCACCCUGAUGCACGGAUCCUCCGGCGUUGGCGUUGGCGGUGGUGUUGGCAAUCCUGGCAACGUUUAUGGCAACGGGAACGGCGGCGUCGGUGGGCAGAACACCGCUCCGGGUUCCGUGAUCGACUCGCGGGCCGUGUCCGUGGUGGUCACGCUGCCCGGCGGCCCGGGCGCCCAGCAUCCGGGCCAGGCGCUCAGCGACUACGGUCCCAUAUAG